AUGUUCCGCAACGCCCUCCGCCAGUCCUCUCGCGCUGUCGGCGCCGUCGCUGCUGGCCGAGUCUCCGUGACUCGAAAUGCCGCACCGGCCGCCAUCAACGCUGUCCGCACCUACGCUUCCGACGCAAAGGCCUCGCCCACUGAGGUCUCUUCUAUCCUCGAGCAGCGAAUCCGUGGUGUCCAGGAGGAGUCCGGUCUUGCUGAGACUGGCCGUGUCCUGUCUGUUGGUGAUGGUAUCGCCCGUGUUCACGGUAUGGCCAACGUCCAGGCUGAGGAGCUUGUCGAGUUCGCUUCCGGCGUCAAGGGCAUGUGCAUGAACCUCGAGGCCGGCCAGGUCGGUGUCGUGCUGUUCGGUUCCGAUCGUCUGGUCAAGGAGGGCGAGACUGUCAAGCGUACCGGUGAAAUUGUCGACGUCCCUGUCGGCCCUGAGCUGCUCGGCCGUGUCGUCGAUGCUCUGGGUAACCCCAUUGACGGCAAGGGCCCUCUCAACACCAAGGAGAAGCGCCGUGCUCAACUCAAGGCUCCCGGUAUCCUGCCCCGCAAGUCCGUCAACCAGCCCGUGCAGACCGGUCUCAAGUCCGUCGACGCCAUGGUUCCCAUUGGCCGUGGUCAGCGUGAGUUGAUCAUUGGUGACCGUCAGACUGGUAAGACUGCCGUCGCUCUCGACACCAUCCUUAACCAGAAGCGAUGGAACAACUCCAACGACGAGACCAAGAAGCUUUACUGCAUCUACGUCGCCGUCGGCCAGAAGCGAUCCACUGUCGCUCAGCUCGUCAAGACCCUGGAGGAGAACGACGCCAUGAAGUACUCCAUCGUCGUCGCCGCUACUGCCUCUGAGGCCGCCCCUCUGCAGUACAUUGCCCCCUUCACCGGUGCGUCUAUUGGUGAAUGGUUCCGUGAUAAUGGAAAGCACUCCCUGGUCAUCUACGACGAUCUGUCCAAGCAGGCCGUUGCCUACCGUCAAAUGUCCCUGCUGCUGCGUCGUCCCCCCGGACGUGAGGCUUACCCCGGUGACGUUUUCUACCUGCACUCCCGUCUGCUGGAGCGUGCUGCCAAGCUCAACGACAAGCACGGUGGUGGUUCCAUGACUGCCCUGCCCGUCAUUGAGACCCAGGGUGGUGACGUGUCUGCCUACAUUCCCACCAACGUCAUUUCCAUUACCGAUGGCCAGAUCUUCCUGGAGUCCGAGCUGUUCUACAAGGGUAUCCGACCUGCCAUCAACGUCGGUCUGUCCGUCUCUCGUGUCGGUUCCGCCGCUCAGCUCAAGGCCAUGAAGCAGGUCGCUGGUUCCCUGAAGCUCUUCUUGGCCCAGUACCGUGAGGUUGCCGCUUUCGCCCAGUUCGGUUCCGAUCUUGAUGCUGCCACCAAGCAGACCCUGUCCCGUGGUGAGCGUUUGACCGAGCUCCUGAAGCAGAAGCAGUACUCCCCCAUGGCCGUUAACGAGAUGGUUCCCCUCAUCUACGCUGGUAUCAACGGUCACCUCGACGCUAUCCCCGUCGACCAGAUCCUCAAGUGGGAGUCUGACUUCCUUGCCCACCUCAAGACCAACGAGUCCGACCUGCUCGCCACUAUUGACAAGGAGGGUGCCCUGAGCAAGGACCUCGAGGCCAGACUCAAGGACGUCACCGUCAACUUCGUCAAGAGCUUCCUCAGCUAA